AUGGCAGACCACUCUCGACCCGUCAACAAGAUCAUCGUCCUAGGCUCUACGGGAAACGUCGGCGUGGCUGCCGUGAAUGCUCUCGCAGCCCAUCCGGCAGACUUCACAAUCACAGCCGUCACUCGGGACAAGUCGAAAGCAAAGUUUCCCUCAAAAGUUCUUGUUGUCGAAUCGGACCUGUCCAAGUCGUCUUUGCAGUCCCUGUUUCGUAACCAAGACGCCGUCGUCUCUUGCCUUGCAACUUUCGCCGUCGAACAACAAAGAGACAUCGUUGAUACGGCGCUGAAGGCUGGAGUCGCACGCUUCAUACCCAGCGAGUACGGUCUCGACUAUACUGGUCCUGACGCCAUCGACUGGUUCCCCGUGAUCAAACCAAAGGUCGAAAACUUGAACUACCUCCGACAGUUUCAGAAUCAGAUGAGCUGGACGACGUUUGUCGUCGGCAGUUUCUUCGAUCUCAAAUUUCAAGGCCCUGAGAUCUUUGGGUUCGACAUGGCCGCAAACAAAGUCACAAUCUUUGAUGGAGGGAACGUGGAAUUCGAGGCGUCGACCCUAUCGCGGAUCGGUGAAGCCAUCGCUGCAGCACUCUCCCCUGGCCACUUGAGCGACACGGCCAACCAGGUAGUCUUCGUCAACAGCUUCACGACUACCCAAAAUGAGAUUGUGGCAGCUCUUCAAAAUAUCACCAAGAGGAGAUUGGAAGUCGAACACGACACCACGGCUGCUUUCAGGAAACGUGCUCUGAAGGCUCUCGAGGAUGAUCCAGAGGAUUGGAAGCCUGUCGGCGACCUUAUCACGGCGUCUGUUUAUGGGCAGGGCGAUCUCAACCAGUACUCAAAGAGUCCGGGGCUCUGGAAUGAACGACUGGGUCUUGGAAAGGAAGAUCUCGUGGAGUCGAUGGAAAAGGCUCUUGGAGUAUAG